ACCAGUCCAACAACAUCACCUACAACUAGUCCAACAACAUCACCUACUACAUCACCCACAACAAGUCCUACAACAAGUCCAACAACAAGUCCUACGACAAGUCCAACAACAUCUCCAACAACAAGUCCUACGACAAGUCCAACAACAUCUCCAACAACAAGUCCUACGACAAGUCCAACAACAUCACCUACUACAUCACCCACAACAAGUCCUACAACAAGUCCAACAACAAGUCCUACGACAAGUCCAACAACAUCUCCAACAACAAGUCCUACGACAAGUCCAACAACAUCUCCAACAACAAGUCCUACGACAAGUCCAACAACAUCACCUACUACAUCACCCACGACCAGUCCUACAACAUCACCAGCGACCAGUCCAACAACAUCCCCUACUACAAGUCCUAUUAUUGAACCUGUAAGCGACAUAACAUCUCCUACUACUAGCCCUACAACAUCACCCACAACAAGCCCAACAACAUCCCCGACAACUAGCCCUACAAUAUCACCCACAACAAGCCCUACAACAUCACCCACGACCAGUCCAACAACAUCACCUACAACAAGUCCAACAACAUCACCUACUACAUCACCCACUACCAGUCCAACAACAUCACCUACAACUAGUCCAAUAACAUCACCCACAACAAGUCCUACAACAUCCCCUACGACCAGCCCAACAACAUCACCUGCUACAAGUCCAACAACAUCACCUACUACAUCACCUACGACCAGUCCAACAACAUCACCUACAACUAGUCCAACAACAUCACCCACAACAAGUCCUACAACAUCCCCUACGACCAGUCCAACAACAUCACCUGCUACAAGUCCAACAACAUCACCUACUACAUCACCUACGACCAGUCCAACAACAAGCCCUACAACAUCACCCACGACCAGUCCAACAACAUCACCUACAACAAGUCCAACAACAUCACCUACUACAUCACCCACUACCAGUCCAACAACAUCACCUACAACUAGUCCAAUAACAUCACCCACAACAAGUCCUACAACAUCCCCUACGACCAGCCCAACAACAUCACCUGCUACAAGUCCAACAACAUCACCUACUACAUCACCUACGACCAGUCCAACAACAUCACCUACAACUAGUCCAACAACAUCACCCACAACAAGUCCUACAACAUCCCCUACGACCAGUCCAACAACAUCACCUGCUACAAGUCCAACAACAUCACCUACUACAUCACCUACGACCAGUCCAACAACAUCACCUACUACAUCACCCACGACCAGUCCAACAACAUCACCUACUACAUCACCCACGACCAGUCCAACAACAUCACCUACAACCAGUCAAACGACAUCACCUACUACAAGUCCAACAACAUCACCCACAACAAGUCCUACAACAUCACCUACCACCAGUCCAACAACAUCACCUACUACAAGUCCUACUACCAGUCCAACAACAUCUCCAACACCAAGUCUUACGACAAGUCCAACAACAUCACCUACUACAUCACCCACGACCAGUCCUACAACAUCACCUACUACAAGUCCAACAACAUCACCUACAACAAGUCCUAUUAUUGAACCAGUAAGCGACAUACCAUCUCCUACAAUAAGUCCUACAACAUCACCUACUACAUCACCCACGACCAGUCCUACAACAUCACCCACAACCAGUCCUACAACAUCACCUACCACCAGUCCAACAACAUCACCUACUACAAGUCCUACUACCAGUCCAACAACAUCUCCAACACCAAGUCUUACGACAAGUCCAACAACAUCACCUACUACAUCUCCCACAACCAGCCCUACUACAUCUCCUACAACAAGUCCUACAACAUCACCUACUACAUCACCCACGACCAGUCCUACAACAUCACCUACAACCAGUCCAACGACAUCACCUACUACAAGUCCUAUUAUUGAACCUGUAAGCGACAUACCAUCUCCUACUACAAGUCCAACAACAUCACCUACUACAUCUCCCACAACCAGCCCAACUACAUCACCCACGACCAGUCCUACAACAUCACCCACGACCAGUCCAACAACAUCACCUACCACCAGUCCUAUUAUUGCACCUGUAAGCGACAUAACAUCUCCAACUACAAGUCCAACAACAUCACCUACUACAUCUCCUACAACAAGUCCAGUUAUUGACCCUUUAUUGUAUAAUUGUCGUUGA